GGAAAAUGUGGGCAGUAACCAGAGAAGGGGCUUGGUUGUUGGCUGGCAAAGAAGGAGGGAGUUUGGGUGUUGGGGAGGCGGAAGGCGGCCUUCUUGGCUUCGGGCUGGGCCUUGCGGGGCUCCUCCUCCUUGCUUCCUUGCUUGCUUCCUUCCUUCCUUCCCUCCUUCCCUUCCUCCUCCUCCUGCCGCCGGCCAUCGCUGGGACUGAGAAGCCGGGAGCCUUUGCAGCAGGCACCCACGUACAAGCUCCCCUGAGCGGCCAUUGGCAGUGUGGGGCAUGGCAGCAGUGUGGCAGCAGGUGCUGGCUGUAGAUGCACGGUACAACGCAUACCGCACUCCCAACUUCCCGCAAUUCCGCACGCAGUAUAUCCGCCGGCGCAGCCAGCUGCUGCGGGACAACGCUAAAGCCGGCUACGAUCCCACGCUCCGUAAGCAGUACCUGCGGCUGCGCAGCCAGCUCCUGGCCCAGCGCUACGGCCCCCUCUCAGAACAGAGCAGCUUUCGUGCCUACAGCAACAGCAUUGUCCGAAGCAGUCGCACCACCCUUGACCGCAUGGAGGACUUUGAUGACGACCCAAGAGCAUUGGGUGCUCGUGGCCACCGCCGCUCUGUCAGCCGAGGGUCCUACCAGCUGCAGGCUCAAAUGAACCGAGUCGUGUAUGAUGAGAGACCCCCAGGCAGUGUUGUACCCACUUCGGUGGCAGAAGCCAGCCGUGCCAUGGCCGGGGAUACUACGCUAAGUGAGAACUACGCCUUUGCUGGCAUGUACCAUAUCUUUGACCAGCAUGUGGAUGAGUCUGUGCCCAAGGUUCAGUUUGCCAAUGAUGAUAAACACCUGCUAGCCUGCUGCUCACUGGAUGGCACCAUUUCAGUGUGCCAGUUGGUGCCCACUCCGCCUGUGGUGCUGCGGGUGCUGAAGGGACACAGCCGGGGUGUUUCUGACUUUGCCUGGUCCCUCUCCAAUGACAUCAUUGUUUCCACCUCACUCGAUGCCACAAUGCGCAUUUGGGCUACAGAGGAUGGGAAGUGCAUCCGGGAGAUUCCAGAUCCAGAUGCUUCUGAACUGCUCUGCUGCACUUUCCAACCAAUGAACAAUAAUCUCACAGUGGUGGGAAAUGGAAAGCACAAUCUCCAUGUGGUGAACAUUUCAACAGGGAAAAAAGUGAAGGGUGGCUCAAGCAAGCUAACUGGCCGAGUCCUCUCUCUCUCCUUUGACUCCUCUGGACGUAUCCUCUGGGCCGGAGAUGAUAAAGGCAGUGUAUUUUCAUUCCUCUUUGACAUGGCAACAGGAAAACUGACCAAGGCCAAACGUCUGGUGGUGAAUGAGGGCAGUUCUAUCACCAGCAUCUCAGCCCGCUCCUGGAUCAGCAGAGAAGCACGAGACCCAUCUCUCCUCAUCAAUGCAUGUAUUAACAAGCUGUUGCUAUAUAGGGUAGUGGACAAUGAAGGAACACUCCAGCUUAAGAGAAGUUUCCAGAUACAGCAGAACUCACAUCCUGUCCGCAGCAUCUUCUGCCCUCUCAUGUCAUUCCGUCAGGGAGCUUGUGUUGUGACCGGCAGUGAGGAUAUGUGUGUCUACUUCUUUGAUGUGGAGCGUGCCACCAAGGCCAUCGUUAACAAGCUACAGGGUCACAGUGCUGCUGUGCUGGACGUCAGCUUUAACUGUGAUGAGAGUCUUUUGGCAUCCAGUGAUGCCAAGGGCAUGGUUAUUGUCUGGAAGAGAGAACAGAAGUAGCAUUCUUUUCCUUGACAAGUGUAGGGAAGUACUUUUAAGAUUGUCUCAGGAGGCAACUGAGGUGACAGCCAAGAGCUCAGAAGAGGAGUAAAGGUGUCCUUUUUUUCUUCUUGCUGGUUCCCUCCCCAUCUCCUGUAGCUAGAAAAGUACUGAGCAUACCUCUACAGUGCACCAGCACCCAUUGCUUCAGUAGUGGGCUUGUGUACAGCGGACAAAGGAGCCAAGUUAAUACUAGGAAACAUUUUGUUUUAUUGUGGUUUAUGGUGUUUAAUGUCUAGAUUGUGUCCUGUUGAUUACAGUAGCCAUUAAGGGCUCCUUUGGCUGCUGGUUAAUUGGCAGCAUAGGAUUCGGAACUCCAAGGAUUCUUUUCUGAUUCAUCAGCGUGGUUCAAGUUCCAUUUAGUAGCAGUCUACUCCUUGCCAGUGCAAAACAGCUUUAGCAUUCUAACAAUGGCCUCUUCCAGCCUAGAAAUACUGAAGACCAGUAAUAUUUACACAGCAUGAGUUAAAACACCACCAUACUCAGUGUGAACAUCACAUCAGGGUUAUCCAGCACCAGGAAGCAAAUUCUCUUUUGCCUCUGUCUGGUGCCACUGAGCCAUCUAUUCUGAAGGAUUAGCUUGCAUUACUAGUCUGUCUCUUAGACUUCUGAACUCUAUAGCAUUAACUUUGUGCACAGACUUCCCAGCAACAGGAAGUAAUUCCACUUGCUCAUCUGUACAUUGGACUGUUAACAUGUUAUCUCCAACUUGAAUGGACAUGUUCCUAGUUUGAAAUAGGGGAUGUACAGGUAAUGAACAGUUUUUUCCUCCACAUCAACAAUGACUGCUACAAAUAAUACUGAUAGUGUAUUUGGAAUUUACAAAACCUCUGGCUGGAAUAUUCCUGACAGCUGUAUGCAAACCCAGGUGCUCCUCGAAGUCUAAGUUCUACAACAAAUGGAGUCUGUUUAAAUUGAAAUUUGCAGCUACUUAAUGUAGUUACCUUAUGCCACUUCUACAGCAUGUGUGGCAUUGUAAUAGGGUGGGCGGUGGGGAACUAGUUAUGUAGAAACUCUUCUGUAUUGUUGCUGUGAUUGUGUCCUUUACCUUGGCUUUGUUCUCUUUUCUGUGAACUAGGAGAAAAUGUUUCUAAGGUCCUUGUUACCGGAAAAGGUGACAGGUGGUACUUGGCCAAAUAGAUUUUUAUGCUAAGUACCCAAAAGAUAAGGAUUUAGUUAUGGGAUGCUAGAAAGUUUUUCAUUAGCACCAUAACACCAUCAUAUGAAGAAGCAUAAGCUGAGCUAAGGGGAUCAUCACCUCAGAGGUGAAAGUCAGCCUCGUUUUUGCCUCAUACUGCACAGCGUAAUGGAGGGGUGAGAGAUGUACAAGUAUGCAGAUGAGGGAUUUAGCACAAUCUAUGUUAACAGUGGUUUAACAAUGCUUCCAGCACUUAAUGACAUUAUUCAGCUCUAGAAGAAAGAUUUAUCAGGUAGAGAAUGAAGAAUAAAGAUUAGUCUAUAACGGAGUGCUGGAGAACCUAUGGCCCUCUACAUGCUAUUGGAUUCCAGCUUUCUCCCUAACGAUUGGCUGUGCUAUGAAGUGAACUGGAAUUCAACAUCAAGAUGUCCAAAGGUUCCCCACUCCUGCUGUAAAGGGACAAAUGUUUAAAAGCAGCAUGGGGAUUUUGGUCAGAAUUUUCCCAUAAUCACAGAUGUGUUUUAGGAAAAGUGACACAAUGAACGCUGGGCUAACAGAUUACCUAACUGUAUUCCUAAUGACCUCUACCUGCAACUUGCCUUAGCCUCAGUUUAACAAAAUAAACAAUGAUGUCUGA